AUGCUGCAAACACGAUUCUUCGACGGGGAAAACAAUUCUUUCGUUCCUUCUCCCUUUCUGGCAUUCUUGCCUUUCAUUCAUUUUUCCUUUUCUUUCAUUCAGUCUCUCGUUCUUGUCUCUCAUUCCCUCUUCCUCUUCUCUCAUUCGGUCUCUCUUUCUUGCCUUCUUCCUCUUCUGUCAUUCGAUCUUUCGUUCUUGUUUUUCGUUUCUCCUUCUACUUCUCUCUUUCGGUCACAUGUUCUUAUUUUCCAUUCCCCCCCUCCUUCCCCUUCGUGUUCAAAACUUUGUAUUUCAUUCAUUUAUCCUCUUCUCUCCUUCGGACUCACGUUCUUGUCUUUCAUUCAUGCAUCCUCUUCUCUCAUUCAGUUUCUCGUUUUUAACUUUCAUUCCUUCUCCUUCUUCUUCAUUCAUUUGAUCGCUCUUUCUAUUCUUUCGUUCCUUCUUUCUCUUCUGACAUUAUUGUCUUUCGUUCAUUUUUCCUCUUCUCUCAUUCGGUCUCUCGUUCCUUCUUCCUUUCUCUCUCUCUCGCUCUUGUCUCUCUUUCACUCUUCCUCUUCUCUCAUUCAGUCUCUCAUUCUUAACUUUCAUUCAUUCUUAAUUUUCUCAUACUUUUCUUUCGUUCCUUCUUCUCUCAUUGCUCGUGUAUUAUUCUUUCUUUCUCCUUUCCCGCUCGGCCUCGCGUUAUUGUCUGCCAUUUCUUUUUCCUCCCGUUUGUCUCGUUCCUGCCUUCUACCUCUUCUCUCUUUCUAUCUCUCAUUCUUGCGUUACGUUCUUUUUUCCUCUUCUCUCAUUCGAUCUCUCGUCGUUGUCUUUCAUUCAUUCAUUCAUUCAUUCAUUCUUUUGUCUUUCGUUUCUUCUUCCUCUUUUUUCUUUCAGUCUUUCGUUCGUAUUUUUCGUUCCUUCUUCCUCUUCUUUCAUUCUUUCUUAUCUCCUAUUCAUUCUUCUCCUUUUCUCAUUCGGUCACUCAUUCUUAUUUUUCUUCCCUUCUUCUUCUUCCCUCAUUCGCUCUCUCGAUCUUCUUCCUUCCUUCCUUCCUUCCUUCCUUCCUUCCUUCCUUCCUUCCUUGCUCUUACUUUAUUUCCCCUUCGUUUUUCUUCUUCUUCUUCUUCUAAUUCCCUCUCCCUUUCUUUUUGUUUCGCUCUUCCUUCAUCUCCUCUCUUUCGAUUUAUUUCUCUCUUUCGUUCUUUCUUUCUCUUCUCUCAUUCUGUUCCUCUUUCUUUCCUUUCAAUCUAUCUUUCUCUUCUCCUUUUCGGCGCCUUUAUUUCUUUCCUUUCGUUCCUUCUCCCUGUUCUCUUUUUCAGUCGCUCUUUCUCUUUAGUUCUUUCUUCGUUUUCCUUCCUUACUCUUCUCGCAUUCGGAGCGUCUUUCUUUCUUUCUUUCUUUCUUUCUUUCUUUCUUUCUUUCUUCCUCUUUACUGAUUCGACCCCUUGUUUCUCUUUAUUCCUUCUCUCCUUCCUUUCCACGUUGUAUCUCUUUUUACCUUUAAAUCCUCUCACUAAUCUGCAACGUACAUUUAUUAAUUAG